AUGAAGUUGGAUCCUGAAGAAGAAGAAGAAUUUUCGAUCCGAUUAAAAGAUGCAUCGAUUAAAGAAGAACAAGAAUUGGAAAUUGAGGAAGUGGAGAUCCGGACUGAAGUGUGGUACAACCAAAACGAGGCAGAAAUAGGACUUGGACCAAAAGCAACACCAUGCAAAACUAAGUUUUUUGAAAAUUUGAAUAGUUUUUCUGCCAAAUUUUUUUCAGGGUUGUUCAAAUUGGAUACAUUCGAGCUCUAUGAGGCAUAUCCGAAAUUGGCCGCUGUCAAUUUGAAUAGUGAUGAUCUCUAUAAGGCGGACACCAUGAAUCUUCUUUCAACCGAAUUGAUAGAAGUAUCUUGGUCGGCAAUCAGGGAAGUGGAUGAUCCGAAAAAAAAAGAGCUGGAAGAAGCUGAGAUGAGUGUUGCUGAAUUGGAAGAAAAAAACAAGAUGUUGAGCCGACACAAUGGGUUCCUCAUCGUCUUUGAAUUCAAGAAUGGAGAAGAAUUUGAGGUCAAGAAUUUGUUGAUCCUCGGAACCGACCACUGGACGGAAAUCGUCACCGGACAACUCAUGCCAUCUGGAAUUGGCCUUAUCGAGACCAAAGAUGGAUUCGCAACAAUGGGAUCCAUUACCUCCAAGGACAACUCAUAA